UCGCGGAUACGUGUCGACCUGUACGAUGCCAAUGGUGCAUCUCGCAUCGCCGAUAACGACCCGGAGAGCCCAUCCUGCCCUCUGUCCCCGGAUGAGUUCCGCGACUUCCUUUGUUUAUGCGGAUAUCGCGGGUCUGUGUGCGCGCUCCGCUCUCGAGGGGAGAGAAAAAAAAUUGCCAGUCAAAGAUCCUAUUCUGUUUUUUUUGCGUUCGUCUCGAAUUUGUCGCCCGCCAAGGGAUCCAAGGCCACCUCGAGACUCCGUCGACCAGCGAAUCCAUCUGCUGGGGUUCACACUUGGACCCGCACGAAUAUUCGCUUACGCGCGAAGCCGCGUGCGCGCGCGCGCGCGCACCUAUCACACACGCGCGUGACGCGUGUCAUAUGUGUGUGUGUGUACGUGCUCGCUCGGUGCGGCAAACUGUCAUCAGCGCUGUCAAUUCACAGCCGAUCGCCGUUCGUCCGUUCGCCCCGACGAAUGAGUGUUUGAAAAAGAGAUUAUUGAUCUCCGUCUCUUUCUCUCUCUUUUCACGAUAUAUAUUAAGGUAUCCGAAUAUCCGGUUUAUAGAUCGCGAUGCGAAAUGACUGCACGGCGCGGCCAUGCAGCAUUGUGUUUUGUGUAGAAAGAAAGGGUGGGAGAAACGGAGAGAGAGAAAGAAAAUUCUCGAUGUGGUAUGCGAGAGAUGCUAACGAUGUUGCUCGAGACGAUUUUUUACGUCAACAUGUCUAUUCUCGUUUGCAGUUUAACACGAAUGAGUCUGUAACAAAAAAAAGCAAGGUUGCAUCUGUUAAUGUGGCUAUCUCUUUCUGGGCAGAUUACACAAAUAUUUCGUUAAAGUAUUAAAAAUAUACAUAAUAUAAAAUAUUUUUGCAUAAACAAUGGCAGCGUUACCACGAAGGAUCAUUAAAGAAACUCAAAGAUUAAUGCAAGAACCAGUUCCUGGUAUAAGUGCUGUACCAGACGAUACAAAUGCUAGGUAUUUUCACGUAAUAGUAACGGGACCUGAGGAUUCGCCAUUUGAAGGCGGACUGUUUAAGCUUGAAUUGUUCCUACCUGAAGAUUAUCCAAUGUCUGCACCUAAAGUUAGAUUCAUUACAAAAAUAUAUCAUCCAAAUAUAGACAGAUUGGGCAGGAUUUGUCUCGAUAUUCUCAAAGACAAGUGGAGUCCUGCACUUCAAAUCAGAACAGUUUUGCUGUCUAUACAGGCACUUUUAAGCGCGCCGAAUCCCGAUGAUCCUUUGGCAAAUGAUGUAGCUGAACUUUGGAAAGUCAACGAAAGCGAGGCGAUACGUAAUGCCAAAGAAUGGACUCGAAGAUACGCUAUGGACAACUGAUCUCAGCCUUGUCAGAUCGCCCACGACAAAGCAAAGCGACGUUAUUCCUACCUUUCCCAGACUUUUGAUCACCAUACCCGCACCAAUUGCGUAUCCGGCACCUGUGUCCACAAUUUUGCUAUAAAAAUAAAAGUUUUGUAAGAGUAAAACAGAAUGGAUAUUUUCUAUAUUGUGGGGAAAAUGCGAGGCACUGUUGAAUUUAUUCAGUCGUUCAUUAAGGAAUAUCUUCGGAAAUAUCUUUCUACAUUGAAAUGUUGCAAAUCUCUCUAUAAGAGAGCAGGAACAAGUUUCCCUCUGUGAGAAGAUGCGAUGGGAUAUGUUACAGUAUAAUUUGAAAUCUAUAAAUUUGAAAUUGUAUUAAGCAAAAAUAUGCUAUAUACAAAUCUCAUAUUGCUACGAAA